AUGGAUUUCAGCGAAGCUGAGCAUGGGGCUUUCAUCGAAGCAUUCGUCGAGUUCUUUUCUGGGCGGCUUGAUGACACACGCACCGUUGAGGAGCUCCAUCUUGCAGCUGAACACCUUACGCGUGGCUGUCAGGAGCACUAUCGUGCCAGUGUUACACGCGUCAGCCGGAUUGGUGGUGCGGUUCCCCCAGAAAAGGUCGACGCGUUCAAGGACCGCGCGCUCGGGCUCCUCAACGCACCUGAUUCAGACGCAUUUCUGGAGCGCGCUUCCCUUCUCAUCCGUGACUUUCCAAGCCUUAAAUCCUGGAUGGCAUGGUGGAUGCGCCCAUCUAACGCGUCGAGGCUAUUUGAGUCUGAGCGUGUGAUGGAUAUAGAAAUUUGGACGUCGCUUCCCAGCACAACCAAUGCCGAAGAAGCUAUGCAUUGGAAACUUUACUGUGCCUGUGGGCGUAAUCACCCCUUCUUCGAGGGCUUGGAGGCCCUUUUCAAGGUUACUAAGUACUUCCAAGAGCGUCACGAAGCAGCAUCAAGUGAGUAG